UUGGUCCGUGGGGAGAGGCAACUGUUAUGGAAGUGGCCGUCUCUUGAAUUUACUCUCUGUAUUUUAAUUUACUCUAAGUGGAAUACCGUCUGGGGUGGCACUUUUUCCUGAAUUAGUCAGGGAUAUAGAAACUGGGCGAGAGCUGAGCCUGACAGGACAAAAAAGAUAUCUGUGGAAAGUGCUCGCGCGUUGUUUAUUUUCUCUUGACCACUUCAUUUAAAAAAAAAAAAAUUGUUGUGGACAGCGAGACAAAACAUACGCAGUUGUCCGCGUGUGCAUGUUCAACACUCAGAAUUGAGUUUCAGUCUAUUUUGCCACGGAAAGUUUGUGAUACUCGCCAUAAAUUAAGUUUUAAGCAGCUCACGCGGUGUCUGUGGGUGAGUUCAAACAUAGCCUAGCUGACGCUUGGACAAAGCAUGCAAUUAUGUCUGCCUGCAUGUAAAUAAAUGGAUUGCAGUGUAUGGACCUCGUCGACUUUGGCGAAAUGCAAUGGAACUAAGUAAGGCCUUUCGACCGUCAGUAUAUCUUUGCUUCAGUUUCAAGCCAGAUGACCAGGUCUGCCAAGGACAGUCAAAAAUGUGAACGGGUGAUUGAGGGGUACUCUACCUGAUUAGUUGUCCACCAGAAGCAAUGGAGCGGAGCAAACGCAACUCCAUUGCUGGGUUCCCCACGCGGCCAGAUCGGCUGGAGGACCUUGAUGGCAUAGGAGUUGGGGCAGAAACUUGUCCGCCACAGCUGGACAGAGUAUGUCCCUCUUCCUACAGGGCUCUCAUCAGUGCCUUUUCUUGCCUGACCCGACUUGAUGACUUCGUCUGCGAGUGGAUUGGCUCUGGGUUUUUUUCAGAGGUCUACAAGGUGCGUCACAAAGCCUCGGACCAGGUAAUGGCUCUGAAGAUGAACAAGCUGAGCAGUAACCGUGCCAACAUGCUGCGAGAGGUUCAGCUGAUGAACCGACUCUCCCACCCCAACAUCCUCAGAUUCAUGGGUGUGUGUGUACAGGAAGGUCAGCUCCAUGCUCUCACAGAGUACAUUAAUGGUGGCAACUUGGAGCAGCUGCUGGACAGCAGUAAGUACCUGAGCUGGGCCACGCGGGUCAAGCUGGCCUUAGAGAUUGCUAUGGGCCUCAGUUACCUUCACUCCAGGGGCAUUUUCCACAGAGAUCUCACCUCCAAGAACUGCCUGAUUAAAUCAGAUGAGAAUGGUUACACUGCAGUCGUCGGAGACUUUGGCCUUGCUGAGAAAAUUCCCAGUCAUGAUUAUGAAGGGGAGAAGCUGUCCGUGGUGGGAUCUCCAUACUGGAUGGCUCCAGAAGUGUUGAGAGACGAGCCAUACAACGAGAAGGCUGAUGUCUUUUCAUAUGGCAUUAUUUUAUGCGAGAUCAUUGCGAGGAUACAGGCUGACCCAGACUUCUUACCACGCACUGAAAACUUUGGCCUGGAUUACCUCGCGUUUGAGCACAUGGUUGGAGAUUGUCCUCCUGACUUCCUACAGCUCGCCUUCAACUGCUGCAAUAUGGAUCCAAAGCUCAGGCCCUCAUUUCCAGACAUAGUAAAAAGACUGGAGGAGAUCCAGAAAAGUCUGAAAUUUGAUGACUCUGAGAGGGAGAGGAUGCUGUUAACUGCAGGGGAGGUGGAGAAAAAACCUAUCCCGAAAGAUUUGUUCUUGCAAUGCCACAACAAAUUACAGGGAUGCAAACUCAUGAGGGGCGAUAAAGGACCAGGUGAAAAGGGCAUAAAGAGGUUAAAUUCUCUUGGUUUUCAAGAUGACAAGAUUCCACCCAAGUCGCCCCGGCCACGUCGCAACAUCUGGCUCUCCCGCAGCCAGUCAGACAUUUUCUCUCGUAAGCCCAGCCGAAAAGUGAACGUCCAGGACCCUUACUACAACCCCGAACCCAGGGGGCUCAUACAUGGUGUACCGAAGGUUAACCCUUUCAAUGCCAGAGAAGACCUAAAAGGUGGCAAGAUCAAAUUUUUUGACAUGCCCAGCAAGUCAGUCUUCUCGCUCAUGUUUGAUUUGAACUCGCCCCAUGGCAGUCAGAGUUCAUACCAGCCUCACCCAAACAUCAGUACCGGAGCCUCUGGCGUCAACUCCACAUCCUCCUGGCCGGAACUGUGGCAGCUGCCAGGUCGGCGGUGUUACUCUCUCCCCGUCUCUCCACAGCUGCCCCACUCAGAGGCCUUCUUCUCAUCUCAAACCGCAUCUAAGAGUGAGGCAGGACAAGCUAGCGGUGAAGGCAGGCAAAGAGCUGUGAGUUGCUGGGCUAAAGAUUAUGCAGUAACGGAGAUCCCUCCAUACAGACCACGAAGUGAAACAGAGGAAGAGGGGUCAAUGGAGAGCUGGUCUUUUCUGGUCCCCUCUGAUGGGGGAGACCCAGAGGCCAUGGACUGCUCCAGCAGCAGAGGAAGUCCUGCAGAUGAUAAGGAGGCAAUCCUCCGCAAGAUGCAGAACGGAAGUAUCAGUGGCUCCUGUGAGGACAUGGAGGCAGAAGACCAGGACAACGUGGUGAUCGCAAAUAAGAACGCCCUCACUUUGAGCAUGACUGGGGAACCCCAGGAACUCUGUCCGAUAGUACUCACAGCCUGCAAAGCCUCCACAUCAGCAGACCUGCUCUCCAGGUGUGACAUCUAGAUGGUCGUAUGAAGCAAGCCAGCAUGACUGAGGAGAGACACUUACUCAAGUUUGAACUGAUCAGAUGCCAUGCAAACAGAGAUUAUUUUCAUGUUAAAUAUUUAAUACACCUAAAGAUGUUAAUAUUGUUUUUCAGAAUGAAACCCUUGUAAACUAAGCUAACAGGGCUUGGACUAAACAAUAGAAAUUAGUCUGAAAUGAGAGCUGGAAACAGGUGUUAAACACUGAUCAGGUCCAUGCAUUAGUUGUUACCCGUCACACUAUGAAGAACUCGAUAUGGAGGGAGAUAAAAAGGACAACACACGGGGAUAAUGAUAAGACACAUUCUGUGACUUUUUUUUUUGUUGUUGUUGUUUGAAAUGUUAUAUGCUAUUGGUUGCACAUACCACAAAUGCUGUUUUGUUGUUUCUUUGUUUUUUAACUAGCAUAGAAUUUUUCCACAAACUGUAAACUAUAUCCAGCACAUAUUUAAGUGAGCAGCUUUGGCCAUCUCUGUGUGUUGGCUUUUGUUUCAGAAGUGAGUGAAGAACAAAUCUCUAGGAGAAAGCUGAUUGCGCAUCUUUUCUCUGAUGUUUUUUGCACUGCAUGGGCGUGGCAAAAAUAAUCUGCGACAAACAUUCCAAGUUUUCGUCUUGUCGUAAUCCGUCCUACUCUGACAUCUUAAAAAGCUCCUGUGAGUUCCGAUCCUCUGCUAAUGGUGUGUGCCAUAGUUAUUUCAGAACAAGUUGGAUCAUUUUCACUCUUCGGCCUCCUCUAGUCUUCAAAAAAAGUCCAUGUCUGUAUCUAUUUAAAAUCUUAAUUGCACUUGAAAUGAGAAAUAAAUUAAUAGUUUGAACUUUUUAAUCUAUUGUUUCACUACAUUUCUAUGCAAUAAAUUUAACCAAGGCAUGAUAGUUUUAUUGAGAGGAUUUAUUUUGAUAUUUAUGAGAAAAAAAGUAAUUUUACUGUCUUCAUGUCUGUGAAUACGAUUUGAUAGAUUUCUGUAAAUAUUGAAAAUGGCUAGUCUCUUGCUAGUUUGUUCUUAAUUCUAUUUUUCUGCAUUUUUGGUCCUGACUGUUUUUUCAACACUUGUAGAUUAUAGAUUUGUAACUGAAUCAGAGCUGUAUAUUUCUACCAAAGACAGAUCAGGACUUAUCCCCAUUUAUGUGGCUUUCAUUGUUUAAAAGCAUGUGUAUUCCUAUUUGUUCAAAAUAAAUUCAAAAUGUCCUAUUUUA